AUGGCGGAGAACUCACACAAAGUUGAGGAGCGGUGGGCCGAGACCGAUACGCUCUGCGUCGAUGAAGCUUGGUCCUCUGAUCCUUCCAUCCUUUCGUCUCAACCUUACGAUCGCGCAUCUGCUCGGUUCUGGGCUCAGUACGUUGACGACAAGUGUUUCGAGUCGUUAGAUGCGGUGGCCGGGGCAAAAGACGACGAAGGGAGAAAGGCAGCGGCGGGAAAGCUGAUAGAGUGUUUGGGGAUACUAGAAGAGACGUUUCAGAAGAGCAGCAAAGGGUUAGGGUUGUUCGGAGGAGAAAACAUAGGUUACAUCGACAUUGCGUGUGGGACACUUUUAGGUCCGAUCUCCGUGAUCGAGGCGUUUUCUGGCGUCAAGUUUCUCUAA